AUGGCUGCUCGAGAAUCUGGUAGAAUAAAAGAUGCAUAUCAAAAGAGAGUGCUCGAUGAAGCUGCUCGUAAACGUAGACAAAAGAAAGCAUUGGAGGCUUUGGAGCAAGAUAAUUUUCAUGAUGAUCCGCAUGCGGAUUUGGUAAUGAGCAAGAAAGUUCCAAAGUUUCAAGAGACUCUAGAUAAUAGAGGUGGUAGAAGAAAAAAAACCAGAUCAGCGGAGUAUUAUAAACAACGAUUUCGUAAAACUUUUGCUCAGUUAGUGGAAGAAGAUCUAAAUAUUAAUCCAAAUCCACCUAAUUAUGCAUCUGCUCAAGCACAACCAUCCCGAUUUCCAGAACGACAAUUUUGUGCAGUCUGUGGUUUCCCUAGUAAUUAUACUUGUAUUCCUUGUGGAGCUAGAUAUUGCAGUAUGAAGUGUCUAGGUACUCAUCUUGACACAAGAUGUUUAAAAUGGACAGCUUAAUAAAUAUGUGGUUAUUAUGAAGCUUAUAGUUCAAUGUUAUAAAUAAAACAUAUUUUCCUUAUUGUAAACGUAAUAAGACUAAUAUAUGUAAGAAAAAAAUAUUCAUUAAAAUUGUGUAUUUUUAUAUUAA